GUGACGUCAUCGAAUUGCGCCGGAAAAAUGUGCAUUCGGGCAGAGAUGAAGGCGUAAUACAAAACCAAAAUGAUACCAAUACACCAUGUUACAUUAUAGUAACAGUUUUUCGGUUUCACGAAUGACGUAAAGACAUAGGAGAUUUUAAAUUUCUAUAAGUUUAUAUGAAGUCGUUUAAAACGGGAAAUAUAUGUCAACAUGUCUUUCUUUGUAGAUUCGGUAAUUAUGUUCACUUCCCAGGUGCUGUUUUUCGGAUUUGGUUGGCUGUUCUUUAUGCGGCAGUUAUUUAAAGAUUAUGAGGUGCGACAGUAUGUGAUACAAGUGGUUUUCUCGGUCACAUUUGCAUUCUCUUGCACAAUGUUUGAACUCAUCAUCUUUGAAAUCCUCGGUGCAUUAAGUAGCACGUCCAGAUAUUUUCACUGGAAACUGAAUUUGUAUGUUAUACUGCUGGUCCUAAUCUUUGUAGUGCCUUUCUACAUUGGCUACUUUGUGGUCAGUAACAUACGUUUGUUGCAGAGACAGAGGUUGUUGUUUUCAUGUGUCGUUUGGUUCACCUUCAUGUAUUUUUUUUGGAAACUUGGAGACCCUUUUCCCAUAUUAAGUCCAAAACAUGGUAUUCUGUCUAUAGAGCAGCUCAUCAGCCGUGUCGGGGUUAUUGGGGUCACAUUGAUGGCUCUGCUCUCCGGAUUUGGUGCUGUGAACUGCCCCUACACAUACAUGUCCUAUUUUCUGAGGAAUGUAACUGACAGUGACAUCCUGGCCCUGGAGAGACGUCUGCUUCAGACCAUGGACAUGAUUGUCAGUAAAAAGAAAAGAAUUGCUAUGACGAGGAGGCAGAUGUACCAGCGAGGAGAGGACCAAAACAAACAGACUGGAUUCUGGGGGAUGCUCAAGAGUGUCACUUCCUCUCCUUCAGGCAGUGAGAAUCUGUCUCUAAUCCAGCAUGAGGUAGAUGCUCUAGAGGAGCUCAGUAGGCAGCUCUUCUUGGAGACAGUGGACCUGCAGGCUACCAAGGAGAGGAUAGAAUACUCAAAGACGUUUCAAGGAAAAUACUUCAACUUUUUGGGGUACUUCUUCUCCAUCUAUUGUGUGUGGAAGAUAUUCAUGGCCACCAUCAACAUAGUCUUUGACCGCGUGGGGAAGACUGACCCAGUAACGAGAGGGAUUGAGAUCACAGUCAACUACUUGGGAAUUCAGUUUGAUGUAAAAUUCUGGUCGCAGCACAUUUCUUUUAUCCUGGUCGGAAUCAUCAUCGUCACCUCCAUCCGAGGCCUUUUAAUCACUCUCACUAAGUUCUUCUAUGCCAUUUCUAGCAGCAAGUCAUCCAAUGUAAUAGUGCUUGUCCUGGCCCAGAUCAUGGGGAUGUAUUUUGUGUCCUCUGUGUUGCUCAUGCGAAUGAGCAUGCCCCUGGAGUACCGUACCAUCGUCACUGAGGUCCUGGGAGAGCUGCAGUUCAACUUCUACCAUCGCUGGUUUGAUGUAAUCUUCCUUGUUAGUGCUCUGUCCAGCAUCCUCUUCCUCUACUUGGCACACAAGCAGGCACCCGAGAAGCACAUGACCCUGUGACCUACUGAAUGACCUCAUCUGAGGGAAAUGAACUGAAGUGUUAAGCUGCUUCUUCCUUCUGGUUCUAAGAGGCCUCUUUUUUAUUUCUACCAGAACUGAAUUUCCUGAAUCAGGAAGACCCAAGAUCGUGCUUGUUUGGUUUAAAGGUGAAGGGUAUUUGGUUGACUAGUCAAGUUAUUCUAGAGUUAAUGGUCCAUGAUGGUAUUUUGAUUGAAGUUUUUUCCACUAAAAAGAUUAGCAAGCGUUUUUUUUAUGCUUUGUCUUUGUUCAUUGUAUCAGACAUGCAGUCAGCAUUGCUUGCAAUUUAGUCAUGGUUGGUUUUUACACUGUUCUUCUGUUAUAAAUACAAUGAUAAUUCAGUAUAUCAACUUGCAGUGUAUCAUCAUAUGCUUUUAUCACAAAUAAAACACUUGCAAAAUGGAUUUAUCCAUGUGAAAAUUUACAUACAAUAAAUUAAUAUUUUUUUCAUAAUAAUAAUAACUACAGAAUCCAGAAUGGCACAUAGUGAUUAUGCAAAUUUUUAUUUACUAAUGAGCAUAUAUAUUUUAUUACUUCAUACAAUGGCCUAAGCAGAGUGAAUAGCUCACUGCUGAAUAUCUAGGCUCUAAAUAUUAACUUGGUGAAUGUCUUUGAAUGCAUUUAAGUAGAGAUAAACAGGUGAAAAAAGGUUAAACUGUACAAAGUACUUGCCAUUCCCGAAAGCAUUGUGGUGCAAAGAGCAUAGAUGUGUAUAUGAAAGGCAUCAGAGGGUCUUACACAAUCAACACCCGUGACAAUGGCAUGAUUUAACGGUUUGUGUCCUUUGUUCACAUCUGAGAUUGGUGUUGUCUACCAUACCUGACAUACGUACAAAAAAUAUAUACAUGGAUUUGUUUGGAAAAUGUUAACUCUGAUCUGAUGCAGUACUUAGCAUUGCUGCAUUUGCUGCUUUCUACUUGCCAGCAUUAUUUGUAGAUUGGUAAACACCUGUAGUCUGAGAGGACAGAGUACCUGACUGCUUUCCAUUUAAAAGAUUGUCUUUUUCCGGUAGUGCAAUUAUUGACUACUUAUAUUAAAAGCUUUUAAUUUAUUUGUGCAACCUAACGUGCCAUCAUAUAUACAUAUAACCCAGCAACUGGAAAACGUCUCUCAAAACCUCAUAUCUUCAUUUUCUGAUGAGGAUGUAGAUGAAACAGAGGGUGUCUGAAAUAGAGAACCAGAGGUUAUAGUCAAAUCAGAGUGUGUAACACUUUUGUGGUGUUAGUAAAUAGUAAUGGAUUGGGAUUAUGGCUUCAGAAGUUAAAUGGCGCUCACCCUUUCACGAGGCUGAAUUGGUGCUGUCUCUGUAUCCAGCAGCUUGGGGGUAAUUGCAACUCCUUUAGCUUUUAGGUGAUCAUAGGCAGCUUUCCCUGCUACAAGGAGGACCAAUGUAUCACCACUGCUGCGGAUCAAAUUCACAGCCUCCUCAUGUGUGCGUUGCUCUAUGUUCACCCCAUUGACCUCCACCACAAUGUCAUCAUCCUCUAGCCCGGCUCUGUCUGCUGCUCCACCUUUCACCACCUAUCGAUGUGUCAUAUUGUGCGUGAAUAUCGAGAACUCUCCAAAGCAUAUAUGUGUAUGAGAUACUUGCUGAUUUUAGUCGUGAAUAAUCUGUUCAGAUGUAUUUCACAGGUUCUUCCUACCUCUUUGAUAUAUUGUCCGUGCACUCCUUGGAUACCAUUGAGGUGGAAACCAUACCCAGCAGCGGUCUUUUCCAUGCGGCACAAUUUGGGUUUAUAUAUUUCCUCUGCAGCAUCAGGCAUGGCUGG